AUGUCAUCCUCAACGUUUGCUCAAACAAGAUCACAAGCAUUAAACUUGGAAAAACAGACCGAACAGUUAUUAUCGCAGUAUUCCCAAUUCCUAACCCAACAAAAUGUCGAACCCAAUGAAGAAGAAGUAUCCGUGAAAGCGGCUAUCCAGGAAAUACUCACCAAGCGUGAUUCCAUAAUAAAUAAAUUGAACAGAAUUGGCGAAUCCAUGGACAACUUGUCCACUUCAAAAUUGCAGCAAUUGACGAGACAUCGAGAAAUCUUGCAUGAUCAUAAAUUGGCAUUUACCAAGAUUGAAGACACGAUCCAAAAUGACCGAAAUAGAAACAACUUGUUGUUUUCGGUAAGAUCUGAUAUAAACGCACAUAGACAGCAAACUACUGAAGGCCACUCGGAAAUAAAUGCUCAUGAUUAUAUCUUGGACGAGAGACAACGAGUGGAUUCUGCCAACUCGUUUGCGGAAAGGUUGUUACAAUCGGCAUUCAACACACGAGACGAGUUGUUGAAUCAACGACAAUACUUAAACAAUGCCCAGGCAAAGAUGUUUAGCACAUUACAACACAUUCCCGGUAUAAACGUAUUAAUAUCCAAGAUUAACACUAGAAGGAAAAGAGACACCCUUAUAUUGGCCCUGGUUAUUGCUUUCUGUAUCAUACUAUUGUUUUUCUUUUAA